AUGGAUCUAAAAUUAAUGGACAAAUUGCGAUUAUUAAAAGUCGACACCGAGUUACGUUCGCAAAUAAAGAUGAAACCGAUGAGUAGGUAUUAUUUUAUCACUGGUACGAAUCCUGGGGAACAAUUUUAUGUUUUCGCAUCCACUGCUGCGUGGCUGAUCAGAAAAACUGGGAAAGAAUUUGAACAACCGAACGAGGAAGAUGACCCAAACAGUGUAAUUGCUACUAUCCUCGACAUCUUGAGAGAAAAGGACAUUGCUGUCGAUUUCUCUUCUCACAAACUUAAACAAGGCUAUGGUGAACAAGUUUGCUACAUAUUGAAUGUUCUUGCUGACGAAGCUUUAAAAUCUGAGGAAUUCGAAUGGCAGAAACCAAUCGUGGAUAUACCAGAGCCUGAGGAAGCUGCUGAUGACGUCGACCAAGUUGAAGACGAAACAGAAAUAUUACUAGACAAAGUUGAAGAAGAAAUGGCAAUUUAUUCUGGAGAAUCUGAAGAAGAAUUUAAUAAAGAAGAAAAGGAUUCGAGUUUGGUCAAGAAAGUACAUGACUGGGAAGCGUGGAAACUAGAACUGGAAAGGGUAGCACCAGCGCUUAGACUUAAAAUAUCAGCAGAUGGUCGCGAUUGGAGGGCGAGACAUUCUCAAAUGAGAACUUACAGAGACGAACUAUUCGAAAGAUACAAAACAACUGGUUCACAACUGAAUAAACUGCAUACAAAUAUAAGCUCUGUCAUGGACAAGAUAUCUGCUAGAGAAAACAUACUGAACGAACAAUUUGAGCCUUUAGUUAGAGAAUAUGGAGCGCUCUUGGAUGAGCUGAACAAAGUGACGAAUGAAUACAAAGACGUCAGUGUGGGAGUGACAGAGAGGCAAGAGAUGUUGAACGAACUGACUUCUAAAGUAGAGAAUAUAAAACAAAGGACAGAGUCCAAGGGAUCCUCAAUGAACGACAAUUCUCCUUUAGUGACUGCGAAAAAGGCGGUUGCAAAUUUGAAAAAGGACAUACAAGAUAUGGAUUUCCAGAUAAUUAUCUUAAUUUGGUUGCUGACUACAAAAGAAAAUCCUAACAGUAAUAAUUUGUUUACGAAUGCGGAAUCCAAGAUGGUGGGCAUUGAAAGUUAUUGA